AUGGAGCUGCUCCCCGGCAACCUGAGUGAGGGCAGCAGCCACAAUGGCCUCGAGGCCCCCGCGCCCGCGUCCGAAUCCUGGCAGCCGAUGGGCAUCGGCGUGGAGAACUUGGUGACGCUCGUCGUGUUCGGCCUCAUCUUCGCGCUCGGCGUGCUGGGCAAUAGCUUGGUCAUCACCGUCCUGGCGCGCAGCAAGCCAGGGAAGCCGCGAAGCAUCACCAACCUCUUCAUCCUCAACCUGAGCGGCGCCGACCUGGCUUACCUGCUCUUCUGCGUCCCUUUCCAGGCCACCGUGUACGCGCUGCCCGACUGGGUGCUGGGCGCCUUCGUGUGCAAGUCCACGCACUACGUGUUCACCGUGUCCAUGCUGGUCAGCAUCUUCACGCUCACCGCUAUGUCCGUGGACCGCUACGUGGCCAUCGUACACGCGCACCGCGCCUCGGCCCUGCGUGUCCCCCGAAACGCGCUGCUGGGUGUCGGCUGCAUCUGGGUGCUGUCCGUGGCCUUGGCCUCGCCCGUCGCCUACCAACAGGACCUGGUGCUCUGGAAGGACAACCACACCUACUGCUGGGAUGUCUGGCGCGGGACCCGCCACAAGAAGGUCUACGUGGUGUGCACCUUCGUCUUUGGGUACCUGCUUCCUCUCCUGCUCAUCUGCUUCUGCUACACCAAGGUCCUGAGUCAUUUGCACAAGAAGUUGAAGAACAUGUCUAAGAAAUCUGAGACCUCAAAGAAAAAGACAGCUCAGACGGUCCUGGCAGUGGUUGUGGUCUUCGGGAUCUCCUGGCUCCCACAUCAUAUCGUCCACCUGUGGGUUGAAUUCGGGUCCUUCCCACUGACCCCCACAUCCUUCCUCUUCCGGAUCCUGGCCCACUGCCUAGCAUACAGCAACUCCUCGAUGAACCCCAUCAUCUACGCUUUUCUUUCUGAGAACUUCCGCAAGGCCUACCGGCAGGUGUUCAAGUGCCACCGUGGCCAGCCGGCGGCAGACGGGGUCAAGGGCAGCCGAAGUCGCGCUGACACACCGCCCUCCACCAACUGCACUCAUGUAUGAGGCCCGGAUGCCAACCAGAGCAGCCUCAUCCACCUGCCAUGUCAGCACCUUUAGCAACCCCCAGGCUGAGGAUGGCGUUUCUGAGUUCUUGGAGUCUCUGGGCCACCGCAGACUUACACACAGGAGGGCGGGGGUUCUGUACUGCCUGGUUCCCCCCAUAGACCCUCAAAGCCUACUACUCAGCCAGGCUGUGCUAUCUACAAAGCACAUUCUUUGAGGUGCGUUCUUCCAUUUCAAGGAGCAAUGUUCUGCUGAAGCCUGUGUUCCACAUGCUGGCUUGGACUUUGGGAGAGAUUGGCCCUGGGGUGUCUCUCAAAGGGAGAGCAGGGAUUGCUGGACAGCUGGCAAUGUGGGGCAGGUUUCUGUGUAGGUAGAGUGGAGCAGAUUUUUAUUCAUCUAUGCACUGUGGAGCAGGUUUCUGUUCAUCUAUGCAGCAAGGGGCAGGUUUCUGUUUGUCUAUGCAGGCUCGAGCAGGUUUCUGUCCAUCUAUACAGCACAAAGCAAAACUGGGCUCAUGCUAUUUUGCUGAUGGGACCCUGGCCAGAGCUGCCCAGAGUCUCCUGUGGAUGGAAAGGGUGGCCAGUUAGAGCCAUCCUGUGUCCUCAGACUGGUGGACAGGACAUGAGUGGACACACCACAGGCUGCAACCCUGAGGGCAGAGACAAUUUGUUCAGACUCCACCAUCAGGAAGACACAGGACUCCAAACCACGCCAUGAGCCAUAUCAUGAGCAAAGACCACUAGGGAUUGAGAAGGGACAGAGGAUGAGGAGGAUAAGGAACAGGAAAUUUCCACAUGCCCAGCAACCUUAGGAUGUCACAGUGGUCAUAGGACAGAUGUUUCUGGAGCCCCAAGCUGUAACUCUGCUCCCUCCCAGCUGUGGUUAAUGGGGGGCUUUGACCAUCCUAUGGAUCUGCUAUUCCCUGGACUCACCCCAAGGUUUCUUCCUGCUCUAAAUGUUAUUUUGGGGCCAACAGCCUGACUAGACUUUUUUUUUUGUGACUUUAAAAUCCACAUGUAGGCUUCACAACAGUUUUACAGGUUGGGUACUUACAGAGAAAAAACAGCAAGGAAAGGGAACUGUGGCCACAGAAAAAGUGCAUUUUCUGAUAUUUUUUCAGAGGAUGUGAGAGCAAAAGAUCAAUUAUUUAAAAUAGGAUUUGGGACCAGGACUCAGCAUGGUAAAUGCUGAGAACAGCUGACGGGAACCCCCAGACAAAAGCCAGAAAAGCUUUUUAUGAGAUACAACCUGCCACAUUUUUCAUAGGAAGAAAAAAACAUCACAUAGUGUGCUUGUUUGUUUUUGGGCCACACCCAGAGGCACUCAGGGGUUACUCCUGGCUCUAUGCUCAGAAAUUACUCCUAGCAGGCUUAGGGGGCCCUAUGAAUGCAGGGGAUCAAAUCUGGGUUGGUUUAAUCAUGCAAGUCAAUGUCUUCCCUGCUCUACUAUUGAUCAAACCCCCGGAAAAAUCACAUUUUCGAUAGAAAAGAAAGGGCAGGCCAUUGCCUGUUAACUCCACUAGCUUGUGUAUCGAUCACACUAAGACAUUCUUCUGGCCAAGGGUGUUUGUGGUGGGCUCAGGAUGGCCCAGGAAGGUCAGGAUGGGUCCUGGUGUCUGAGGCAGAAGGCACUGUCCAUGGGCUUAGUGUGGCCUCUGUCCCUUCCUUCAGUUGAGUGACAGAGCUACCUGCUCCUGCCCAUGGUCUUUCUCACACUGUUGGAUGCUGCCACAGCCCAUGUGGGUUCUACCAUCCAGAGCUGCUCUGCAGACUUACCAGGCCAGGAAAGGCCUCACAGGUCUGUCCAGCUCCCAUGUCAAGUGAAACAUGGCACAAAGGCUGCUGCUUUGGACAAGCCAGAGACAGCCCAGUGGAUGGCCCGUCUCUGAGGGGACACUGGGGUGCCACAAGGACCCAGGAUGGCAGAGCCCAAGGACAGAUAGUCCUGCUUCUUCCUUCCACCACUGUGCUUCCUGCUGCUGCU